AUUACAUGAAGCAGACGACAUUUGAAGCCCAAGCCUUUUUAGAAGCUGUGCAAUUCUUCCGGCAGGAGAAGGGUCACUAUGGCUCAUGGGAAAUGAUCACUGGAGAUGAAAUUCAGUUGGCCCGACGCUCAGAUUCAGCCUUCACCAACUGCCCAACUGCGGGCCUGUCUUCCAUUCUGCAGGUCCUGAGUAACCUGGUGUUGGAGGAGCUCCUGCCAACCCUUCAGACAGACCUGCUGCCAAAAAUGAAGGGGAAGAAGAGUGACAGAAAGAGGGCCUGGCUCAGCCUCCUGGAGGAGGCCUACAACCUGGUUCGGCAUCAAGUUUCAGAAGGAUUAAGUGCCUUGAAGGAGGAAUGCAGAACUCUGACAAAGGGCCUGGAAGGAACCAUCCGCUCAGACAUGGAUCAGAUUGUGAACUCCAAGAACUUUUUAACUGGGAAGAUCAAAGCAAUGGUGGCCCAGCCGGCGGAGAAAAGCUGUAUGGAGAGUGUGCAGCCAUUCCUGGCGUCCAUUCUGGAGGAGCUCAUGGGACCGGUGAGCUCAGGAUUCAGUGAAGUACGCUUGCUCUUCGAAAAAGAAGUGGAUGAACUCAGCCAGAACUUUCAGACCACCAAAGACAGUGUCCGGCUAAAGGAGCAUCUAGACCUGCUUAUGAAUCUUCCACUGGAUUCUGUCAAGAUGGAACCUUGUUAUGUUAAAGUCAACCUGCUUCAAGAGCGCCUGCAGGAUCUUAAGAGCCGCUUCAGAUUCCCCCACGUUGAUCUGGUGAUCCAGAGGACUCAGAACUACAUGCAAGAGCUAAUGGAGAAUGCGGUAUUCACUUUUGAGCAGUUACUUUCUCCACAUCUCCAAGGAGAAGCCUCCAAAAUUGCAGUUGCCAUUGAGAAAGUUAAGCUCCGAGUCCUAAAGCAAUAUGAUUACGACAGCAGCACCAUCCGGAAGAAGAUAUUUCAAGAGGCACUAGUUCAAAUCACGCUUCCCACCGUGCAGAAGGCACUGGCAUCCACGUGCAAACCAGAGCUUCAGAAAUAUGAGCAGUUUAUCUUUGCCGAUCAUACCAAUAUGAUCCAGGUUGAAAAUGUCUAUGAGGAGAUUUUACAUCAGAUCCUCCUUGAUGAAACUCUGAAAGUGAUAAAGGAAGCUGCUAUCCUGAAGAAACACAACUUAUUUGAAGACAACAUGGCCUUGCCCAGUGAGAGUGUGUCCAGCUUAACAGAUCUAAAAACCCCCACAGGGUCAAACCAGGCCAGCCCCGCCAGGAGAGCCUCUGCCAUUUUGCCAGGAGUUCCAGAUAGUGAGACCCCGAGUAACGAAGUAUUCCAGGAGUCAGAGGAGAAGCAGCCUGGGGUCCCGAGUUCACUGGCCAAAGGAGAAAGCCUUUCUCUCCCUGGGCCCAGCCCUCCCCCAGGUGGGGAUGGACAGAUGACUAUGUCAAGUACAGAUGAUCCUGUUGUGAAUCCUGUUGCUGCAGAAGACACAGCAGGACCCCUGGGCACACACUCACCAGAACUGGAAUUUGGAGGAACCCCUGAGGAUGCAGAAGCCUCCCACGAGAAGCCAGACUCCAUCUCUGCCUCGGGUUCCUUGAAGGAGCUCAGGAAGCUGUUGACAGUGACGGUUGAAGUACCGGUGGAGUCUGCCCUGCCGACCGAAAAAGAUACCGGUGAGAAGACCCUUGUUCCCCAAGAACAUGAAAAACAGGAAGAGACCCAAAUCGACACCGAGGUCAGUCAGGCAGCUGCCUCCCAUCCAGACAACCGUGAGGAAAGUGACGUCAGCGAGAGGGAGGCCCCUCCUGCCCCUGUGGGGGCCGAGGCCCCUGGGGUGGGCUUGGGGGGCUUUCCAGAGGCGAGCAGCCCUGCCUCUCAGCCAGCCUCUGGAGGGCCCACCGAGGUCGCCAACUGUCCAGGCCCUACAGAGGAGCCCGCAGAGGCCUGGGAGCCCGCAGGGAGGGAGCCCGCAGACAGGGAGCCCACACCAGAUGCCCACGAAGGAGGAGAGGCCGCGUGCGCCAGGCAGGGGGAGGCCGUGCCGCAGGAAGAUUGCUCUUCCAGUUCUGAUGCUGUCUGCCCCAGCGAGAGCCAGGCUUCUGAGGAACAAGACAUGAUGGCAGGGCAAGGCAGCACUGCCCAGGCUGUGGCCAGUGUGGAUUCAGGGCAGACUAAGGCUGCCCGUGUUCACGAGUGCCAGUGGGUGGUUGAGAAUGCUCCAAGCACCGACGUCCUGGUUCCACAUAAAGAUGAUGUGGAGGAGAGAGAAGAUUGUCAAGAGAGUUCCCCAGAGCAGCCCUCAGAGGAGUGAAAGGGGCAAGUUGGCAAAAGUUGCCUUGCACAAAGUCAGUCAAAAGGUUAUAGUUAUAGGUACACUUAGGGGUUGCACGUGAGUUGUUAUCAAAAAUAAAUAAAUAAUAAGAAUAUCCUUAAUUUGAAUAACAACCCCAGAGGAAAUGCACACAGGGCGAGAGCACUGAAGCAAACCUUUGUGGAACUGGACGGUUCUACCGUGCAUUACUGCUUUAGCAUUAACAGGAACUAUAAGGCAGUGGUGUGUUUGGGUGACAGGUAGCUGAGGGUGUCCGAGGGAGGGAGUGGUAUUGCAGUGAAGACUGAGAACACAGUAGGAGCACAGUUUUCAAUAUGCUCUGCACAUUUCACUGGUGCAAUCUUCUUACGAACUUUCAGGCUUUUAAAUUUUUUGUAAGAAUGCAGACGUAUACUGUAACUCCAGCUCCACCAUCUACUAUACCAACUUCUCUGUCUCGUAAGGACUCAGCAUUUGUCCAGUCAGGCUUCAGGAAAGGGUAGGUCAUAAACACCAGUGAUCCCACUGUGUGCAGCCCCACAGAGCUGAUCAUGCCUGAUAGAUCUCAGGAGCAGCCGAGCAGAAAUGGAGAUGGGGAAGGUUGUGGUUCGUUGGACUGUCUGGGCCUGUGACUAAUUUUGCUAUCAAUUUCUUGUUAAUUAGUCUUGUUGAUUUUUAUUAGUUAAUCACCAUUUAAGGAAAUUCAGGUAAGACAGGAAAAUUUCAUUGGCAUGUAUAAGCCAGAAAUAUUCCAAAUGAGCCUUAGCCUGUGCAAAGAGCUUAGCUAAAUUGUCUAGCUUAAAGUCUACCCUUAAACAAACAUUAUUUGAACAGCUACUGCAUGCCAUGAACUCUGUUGGGCAUAGUAAUAAAAAGAAGAGAUAAGGCACUUUGUCUAGUAUAAAUUAGAAGGUCCAAGGGAAUUUAAUUUAGAAGAAAAAAAUGUAGAUUUUCAAACAUGACAGCUUUCUCUUUUUCCGUUCAAAGAGUCCUGGUUCAUUCCCAGAAGCGUACAAAAUGAAUAAAUAAAUAAAUGAAUAAAGACAAAAGACAAAAGCCAUUGAAUCUACCUUCAAGUUCCAAAGAUGUUACCAAAAGUGAAAAUAAUUCGAUUGAUCGUUCAGCAUGUUAACUUAGUCCCACUUCUGUACCAAGCACUGGGGAUACCCCCGUGAAAAAGACUGAUCCUUCCUCCUGGAACUUACACUUUAAUAGACAUAGACAUAAAUAUGUCUUCUAAAUGGAUUGUGACCUAAAACUGUUAAUAUUAAAGAUGGAAUGGACUUACUUGCAAAAGAUAAAAAAGAUUUGUUCUAUUGUCCUUCAGAAAUAUAUCAGAUUAUUUUAUAGACGCUUCAGUCCCAGGUGCUUACUACAUUUUGAAAUUUCUUCCCAUAAGUUUUAAUAUUAGAUGCCAGCAUUUGCCCUGAGAGCUUGUUUUGCUCAUUACUGUCAAGUAAGUAUAUAUCAGUUCUUUAGAGAAUUUGUCCCACAGUUCAACCAUUUAACCAGGAAUUAAAAUAUCGUCCCCCCCCCA